GAGAUACAGUUAAAGUAUGAUAAUGAUGAAGCUAUUCUUGCUGAUAAAGCAAUUUGUCCACAUAAACACAAUGUUUAUUAUCUUCAUCAGAAAUACCUUGACACUUUUAUUGGCACACGAAAUAGAAAAGAAAUGUUUAGUCGAUUAGCAGAAGAAGUUGAAGAAUUUAAUUCUAAUAGAAAAGGAAAUGCUUUAAUGCAACCAUAUAUUGCACCUACAAAUACUGACCCUGGGCAACUGUUUGUUUUAGUUAUUGUAACAAACCUUAUAAAACAUUGUCAUGCUUUGCAGCAAGCUGGCAAAUUAGUUUACAUGAACAGUACAGCAGGCCUUGAUGUACUUAACACUCCAAUGACAAUCCUCUCAACAAGCAUACCUAUCGGUAGCUUGCCUCUUGCAAUAAUACUUACUUCUGAUGAAACAACUAAUCCUUUUACAAAAGCCUUAGAUAUGUUAAA